UCCGAUCGCGAAUGGGGAAGGCGGAAAAAAAGCCAAACAAUGAUCGCAUUUCUCUUUUGCAUGUAAAUAAAAUGUAAACACAGAAAAUUCAAAAGACAGGAAAUUUAAAAGAAAAAGCAGGAGAUUCAAUUGAAUACUUGUACGUUCCUAAGAAAAAGGAUGACGUCGGACACUCGAAGGGCUCACUGUUGUGUCUGAGCGCCCAUUUCCACUCUUGUUGCAUUUCGACGUUUGUUCACAAUGAGCACCAGGCUCUGCAGGACCUGCGGGGGUGUGGACAUCGAUGUGGACCAGGCUCGGGGCAGCGCCGUGUGCACCGGCUGCGGUUCGGUUCUUGAGGACAAUAUCAUCGUUUCCGAGGUCCAGUUUGUGGAAGGGAGUGGGGGCGUGUCCUCUGCCGUGGGACAAUUUGUCUCUACUGAUGGUCCAGCAAAAACUCCUCUGCUCGGUUCCGGUUUCCACACCAACGUCGGCAAAGAAUCCCGAGCGCAGACGCUUCUAAGCGGGAGGCGUCAGAUCCAUCACCUUGGCAACCAGCUGCAGCUCAACCAGCACUGCCUGGACACGGCCUUCAACUUCUUCAAGAUGGUGGUCAGCAGACACCUGACGCGCGGACGCAAAACCGAACACAUCAUCGCGGCUUGCCUCUACCUGGUGUGUCGCACCGAGGGGACACCACAUAUGUUGCUGGAUCUGAGCGACCUGCUGCAGGUGAAUGUUUACAUCCUGGGGAAAACGUUCUUGUUGUUGGCUCGGGAACUCUGCAUCAACGCUCCCGCCAUUGAUCCGUGUCUGCUGAUCCCUCGCUUCGCUCACAUGUUGGAAUUCGGGUUGAAGACUCACGACGUCUCCAUGACGGCUCUUCGGCUAGUUCAGAGGAUGAAGCGGGACUGGAUGCACACGGGCCGCCGACCCUCUGGACUGUGUGGCGCCGCCCUGCUGGUGGCGGCCCGCAUGCACAAGUUCCGGCGUACGGUGAAGGAUGUCAUCGGGGUGGUCAAAGUGUGUCAGGCCACCCUGAGGAAGAGGCUGAUGGAGUUUGAGGACACGCCCACCAGUCACCUGACCAUCGACGAGUUCAUGAAGGUGGAUCUGGAGCAGGAAUGCGACCCGCCGUCUUUCACCGCCGCUCAGCACAAGAGCAAGAUGCAGCAGCUGGAGCGAGAGCUGGCCAAGAAGUUGGACAAGGUUGAAGGAGAGAUCAGCUGCUACCAAGACCAGAUUGAGAGCGAGCUGGAGAAGAGCCGACCCAAACUCCGAGGAAUCUACGCCGCCUACGUACACAAAAUGGACCCACAGGACAAGGAAAUCCCGGCAGACUUGACGCCCAACCCUGAAGAUUGUGCCCUCCAAAGCGCCACCCGUCACCUCACACAGAACUUCCUGUGCGAAGUGAUGCAAGAGGAGGAAGGGUGGAGCCUGGAGGACCGUGACGUCGAAGAGCCGCACACGGCGCCGGAGGAGUCCGAGGCGGAGCGAGCUUCACGCCAGCCGCCCUCUGUCGCCAUGCUUCUGCAAAGUUCUGCCGCUUUGGACCUCCAGCAAAGCUUCCAGAUCUUCAGCAAGGACCACGUGGAGCGCGACAUGUCGGAGGACGACGAGAAUUCGGAGGGCGGCGACCUGGAUCUGGACGGUAUCGAUGAGCUGGAGAUCGAUAAGUACAUCCUGAGUGACAAAGAGGUCCAAGUGAAGACGCAGCUGUGGAUCCAGCAGAACCAAGAAUACCUGCAAGAGCAGAAAGAGAAAGAAGAACGAAUUCAAAAAGAGAAGGAACUGGGAACGUACAAGGAGCCCAAGACGUCCAAGAAGAAGAAGAAGAAGGACAACGGCAUCCAGGCGGCCACAGCGGGCGAAGCCAUCCAGAAGAUGUUGGUGAAGAAGAAGAUCUCCGCCAAGAUCAACUACGACGUCCUCAAAGACCUCAACGGUGGCCAGACGGCCAGCGAAGGCAGCGGCGCUCCUGAAAAGGCCGCCCCCGAAGUCCCCAUCACACCUGCGAGAAAAAGACGCCGUCGCAAGAAGCCGCACAACGACAUCAUCUUGGACAUGGCAAGCCGCUCCAGCUUCAUGGGCAAGAGGCUGGGCCCGCUCAUCUCAGGACCACCAAAAAAGAAAGGUCCGUCCAAGGUUGUUUCCAUGACGACGGACACCACGACGGCAGAACGGCAGCCUGGACCUGAACCUGAAUCUGAUGUGCAGUCCAGCGGCCUCAGCAUGGAGGAGAGGGAGAACCAGGAGAAGGUUGAAGAUGAAGAGGAGGAGGAGGAAAAGGAUGAAGAGGAGGAGGAGGACGAGUGUGUCAGCGCUCUGCAGCUUGCUAAACAUUUCGGCUGUUUGGCAGAGGAAGAGGAGGACAUCUAGCUUUUAAACUUUUUCUAUAGCUUUUAAAUGAUGUAAAUAGGAAAUAUCAUGAAUUUGGACUGCAAGACGCAGAAUGAAAACCCCGUCCAGGACCAGAACAUGCUUGUUGACUUCUUAUCAUGUGUCCACGUCCCCUUUUGUUAAUAUGGCGUUCAUCCAACCAGGUCAAUCAAAACAAAGGAAAACAAAUUCCAUAUUAGUUUCUUCUGUUUUUUAAAAAAAUAUAUUCAUUGCACAGGCGCCUUGAGAAACGAGUCUACUCUGUAAUAUUGUAAUAAAAUGAUUUUUAAUA